GUCAAUGUACUAUUUUUAUUUAGGUGUAUUAAGUUAGUUUCCCUAUCACAUAUGGAUUUUAUUUUUACCUUGUUUUGGUUUUUCAACCCGUCCAGUGGGUGGCGGCAAUACACCUUUUGUGGUUGUAGUCCGCCAUUGUCCCACAGAAGAAGGAACCAGCAAGGUGUUGCUAAAAGACGUCAUUAUUGCGCGACACCGCGCAGCUCCACGCCCCCAAAUAGCGCGACAUUACCGUGCCUCCUCCUUUCUCAGCAGGUGUCACACAGGUGGCAGUAAAAAGACAAGCUCAUGGCUAUGGCAGCAGAGCCAGUGCCAGAUGCAGUCUGGGACGAACGGCAGGCCUAUGAAGAGCUCCUGUACUGGGACAGCCUGAUACAGCGAGGCCAUCGCCUGCUACCACACGACUUUGACAGAUAUGAGGAGCUGCGCUACUGGUAUGACUGUCUCUGUUACGAGGAGGAGCUGAGGCAGUACGAUGAGUACAUCGCCGCCAUACAGGAGAUGGAGGAGAACCGACUCCAAACUGAGGCCCCUCCGGUGCGCACGCCUCCCAUGCGUAUCUUCGUGAGCGACGACCGACACAUGAUGGCGAAGCACGCGGCAGUGUACCCAUCGUCUGAGGAGCUGGAGGCGGUGCAGACAGUCAUCUCCCACGUGGAGUGUGCCCUCAAGACCGUCUCUGACCUGCUGGAUGUGGAGGCCGGAGUCGGGGUGGCGCCUGUACCUGUGGAGGGGGCAGAGGAGAGUGAGGUGGCUCCCCCUCCAGAGCGUAUCCUGCGUGGGGUGAUGAGGGUGGGCCUGGUGGCCAAGGGCCUGCUGCUGAAGGGAGACAUGGACCUGGAGCUGGUGCUGCUCUGCACUGAGAAACCCACCGUCACCCUGCUCAAGAAGGUGGCUGAGAACCUCUCCACCCAGAUUGAGCUCGUCACAGAGGACAAGUACGAGGUCACCCAGAUCCCAGAGGAGGCGGAGAUUGUGAUCAAGAGCAUCAAGGAGCCCGUCCUGACCCUAACCAUUCACCUGACCUCCCCCAUGAUCCGCAUGGAGGCUGAGCCAGAGGGUGCCGGAGCUACCACCCCCCUGGAAGGACCACCUGGAGGAAAAGCUGCCUCCUCCCCGAGCCUCGAGACAGAACCCCCCCCUUGGUCAAACCGUACCUUGUCUUCUUAUCCCACCCAUCGACCAAUAGAAAAGCUAACGGUCGACAGCGAUGCGCCGGCGGACGUUCUGGACAGGCAGAAAUGCCUAACUGCCUUGGCAUCUCUCCGCCACGCCAAGUGGUUCCAGGCUAAGGUCAACGACCUGAAGUCGGCCGCCAUCGUGAUCCGUAUCAUGAGAGACCUGUGUAACCGUGUCCCCACCUGGGCUCCACUCAGAGGAUGGCCUUUAGAGCUGCUGUGUGAGAAGGCCAUUGGAACCUGCGAUCGGCCAAUGGGAGCAGGAGAGUCUUUCCGCAGAGUUCUAGAGUGCUUGGCGUCUGGAAUCCUGAUGGCCGAUGGUCCGGGUAUCAAGGACCCUUGCGAGAAGGAGAAUGUGGACGCCAUCAGCCACCUGGACACUCAGCAACGUGAAGACAUUACACAGAGUGCCCAGCAUGCCCUAAGGUUGUCUGCGUUCGGACAGCUGUACAAGGUGCUGGGGAUGGAUUCCCUGCCUGCCAGGGAACCAAGGAGAACCAUAGGGCCAGGUCUCAGAAACUACGGUUCUCAGAUCCUGGCCAGUUCCACCUACCCUCCCAAGAGACCUCAUGAUGCCGCGGACAAAGGGGGAGACGACAGCAAGAAGAGGAAGUUCCAGAAAUAUCCAAAAUUUCCUAGAAAGUCGUCCACAGAAGAGAAGCCCGGGGACUCUCCUAUGGCCAUGAACGCCCUGAUGCGUCUCAACCAGCACAAGCCUGGUCUGCAGUACCGUCUGACGGGUCAGAGCGGUCCAGUGCACUUCCCAGUGUUCACCAUGUCCGUAGACGUGGACGGCGAUACAUACGAGGCCUCAGGGCCGUCCAAACGCACAGCCAAACUCCACCUAGCUGCCAAGGUCCUGCAGAAGUUGGGCCUGCCCACUGGGGCGGAUGUGAAGAUUGAACCAGGCGAAGAGGGAGGAGCCAACGUACCAUCCACACCUACAGCAAGUGAUGCGUCCAUGGCAUCUGACGAGAACGGUCCCAUCCUCACCAAGCACGGGAAGAACCCAGUGAUGGAGCUGAACGAGAAGAGACGCAGCCUGAAGUACGAGCUCUCUGCUGAGACCGGGGGCAGCCAUGACAAGUGCUUCGUCAUGGAGGUGGAGGUAGAUGGACAGAAGUUCAAAGGUCGAGGCUCCAACAAGAAGGAGGCCAAAGCCUACGCAGCCUUAGCUGCUUUGGACAAACUCUUCCCCGAGGGGGCGGGGCCCUACUAUAACCCUCACUCUGACCCCAAGAAGAAGAAACCAGUCACAUACACUUCCAUGCAUAUCCCAGGCUUUGGCACUAUUCGAGGCAUUCCAACUGACACGGAGCCUAACAACCGGGGCCACGGGCGAGGCAGGGGUCGAGGAAAGCCUACGACUGGCAGCAGCUACAACCAAACAAACUACCGUUAUGGAAGCAGUGCUGGCUCUGGUUAUCACAAUCUGUACAGUAUGGGUGCAACAGAGGCUGCUUCCUCUACAACCACCUCCACCGGUGACGCCUCCACAGAGCCAGACGCCAGCGGCAACACCACCGGCUACGGCACCUUCUACCCCGAAUCAUCCUACACCACACCGGCCAUAACCGCCUCCGCCACCUCGGCCGCCAUGACCGCCCAGGUCGGUGCAUCUUCCCUGGGUGCCUACCAGUCGGUGCCCCCUCCCCUGGACCAGCAGAGCCCCUAUAGUUAUGGCUACGGAGGGGAUAAGAAGAGUCUGCUGACUGCAGCUCAGGCUCAAGCCCAACAGACCCAGCAACAACAGGUGGACUACUCUAUGUACAGUACAGCCUACCCCAGCUCUGUCACCGGGGGCCAAAUGUACAGUUACGGCUACGGCAACCAAUCAAGCUUCAGCAUGUACGGGAACGCCUCCUCCCAGGGCUACGGGGCGGCUGCUUCUCCCCAGACCCAGCAGACCUCCUACCCCACGGGAUACGGAAACAUGAACUAUCAGUACAAAUAGGAGGUAUCACACACACAUCCCUCUCUCAAGCCCCCCACCAACCCUCUAAAGCUUUCCCCCAGAGGAAAAGAAGACCCUCAUGUCUUUCUCUACUUUCAUUAUAUUGAUCUAAAAUUGAUUAAUCCUAAACCCUCAGUCAUUUUCACCAUCACUUUAUUUCCUAAACCAGACUAUCCAUUUCUUUAUUUACCAUGUGGUAAAUGUAACCUAAAUGUGUCUAACAAGUAGUUCAGUUCUGUAUAGGGAUUACAAAAAGGAAAUAAUAAUAGCGCUUUCGGAAUGAUGCUAUCUUGGGUCAUAUACUUCUUGUUUUGUUCAAGUCUUUUUAUUAUAAUUUUUUUCAAUAAAAAAAUGUACACUUUGUUUUUCUGUUGGCAAGCCACCUGAGGUUGAAUGUGAAUGUAAACGGAGAAUCUGUUCUUAGUCUUUUAAAAUGUCUGUUUCAAAGACUUGUUUUCUUUCCAUUUUUAAUUUGAAUCACUAUUUUAUGUUUUAAUUGUUAUUAUAUUAACCAGCAGUGUGGUAAAAAAACAAAAAUAAGUUGACAGUAACUUGGAUUUGAAUGUGAAAGAGCAAUGGAAAUGUGUUAAUUGCUGUUUCAUUGUAAGGUUUCGGUAAAAGGCUUGUAUCUGGUUGUUUGUAAGAAUAAAUUACUUUUAUUUUGGA